AAAAGAAACUAAAAUCCUAGCCAUUCUUGUGUAUCGCUCACUAUCGCCGCAAAGAGGAAUUUCAUCCAAGGGGCGACGGGCUGUCCCCAAGCUAUACGGCUCCUGCGAGUCUGCAACAGCGGAAUGACGAUUGGGAGGAUAUCACAGGCUUCCACCGGAAAACGCCGAGCACAUGGACGUUCGGCGAUAGACUUCGUCCAUCGCAGGAACACCACCAUCGACCAACGAUUGGGACAAUACUUUUAUUUAGGCUGGGAGCCAAGCAGAUCAAGCGAGAUUCUAAUUGCUCUCAAAGAAGACAUUUAUUGCUCCAUCGGAAAAGGCAUGAGUUGGCAGCACCUGGUGCACACCUGCGACCCUUGAGCAGAUCGGCACACUGAAGCAGGUCAAAGAGAUGAGCCAUUUUUGGGCGUUCUGCGGCCAGAAGAAGAGCGUCACUACAGGAGCUCAGCCACCACAGUUACGCUCUCUUAGUUGUGGAAGUAGAGAACUCGCAGCUGCUAUGCGCAAAGCUCUUGGAUAGGUAUCUUAGAUCAGUAUAAUCUCAACCAUGGCUCCAAAUAGGAGCUGGGCUGCUCGCUUGCUUCGUAUAGAUAAUGGAAUAUGACAAACUUGUGGUUCACUCUCUAUGAAUUACUUUACAUCCUCAUUUUCAUACGGGAGCAGAUAAAGGGCGCUUCAACUGAGAUGGUCGAGUACAUUGACAAAUCAUCUCAACCAUUUGAAUGGGGUGCCUUAGAUGAUAUUGUGAUGGAAGGAGUAAGUGAAAGCACAUUUGUGAUAGAUCCAAUUGGCAGAGAUGAUGGUAAACCAACAGGGGUUUUCAAAGAAAAUGUUAGAACCCCAAAUAAUGGGGGGGGGGGUUGCAAGUACGCGACAUAGAUGCUUCAUCUGAGACCUUGGCAUUGCCUCCUGACCCGUCUUUGUUCUCUUGUCAAAGCUCAGAAAGAUACUGGCAGAGUGAUGCUUUACACUACAUCAUUUUUUUACUUGGUUGCUUCCUUGUUCUUGCCAUCACCAAAUAUCAACCAAAGAGAGUUAUAAAGUAGUGAUUGUUAUAGACACUAUCUCUCCAUCGCUGCAGUUUAACUGCAGCUCCAAGCAGAAGUUGCUGUUUUAGGAGAUUUUCGGUUUCGGUCAUGGCCGAUGGCAAAAGCACUAGUUACCGGGGCUGGUGGUAGAACCGGUUGCCUAAGAUAUCAAUUAUCAUCAUAAUAUUUUGGCAUCCCAUUUGAAGUGGAUUAACACGUGGUGCUUCGGGUCGGACACUACCCCUCCGAUUUGCAAAGUCCGCUCUUUUAGAUGACUCAUUUCCACCAAAUUGAACAUCUCCUGCAGCAGUAGGAAUCCACGCGGGAAGGAUUCGCCGAGGAAAGGCCAGACCAAUUCUUCAUCAUCGUCUUCAGCCGUUUAAUCACCACUAGUAGGCUGGUAGCUAAGGAGCGAGCUAAACACUCUAAUGGAGAAUUGCGUUUACAGAGACCCGAGAGCGCCUGCGGAGGCCCGAGUGAAGGACCUCCUCUCCCGCAUGACCCUCCAGGAGAAGUUAGGUCAAAUGACCCAAAUCGAACGCUCCGUCGCCACCCCUUCCGCGCUCACAGACCUCUCAAUCGGAAGUGUAUUAAGCUUGGGAGGGAGCUGGCCAUUUGAGAACGCCGUGUCCGAGGAUUGGGCGGAGAUGAUUGACGGGAUGCAGAGACGGGCGUUGGAAUCGAGGCUCGGCAUUCCGCUGCUGUACGGGGUUGAUGCUGUUCAUGGAAACAACAAUGUCUAUGGUGCCACCAUUUUCCCUCAUAAUAUUGGCCUCGGAGCUACCAGAGAUGAGGAGUUGGUUCGGAACAUUGGGGUUGCCACUGCUCUUGAAGUCCGGGCCAGUGGCAGUCAGUAUACCUUUGCUCCCAGCAUAGCCGUGUGUAAAGAUCCCAGAUGGGGAAGAUGUUAUGAGAGUUUCAGUGAAAACACUGAGAUUGUUAGGAAGAUGUCAUCCAUCGUUACUGGAUUACAGGGACAACCACCACCUGGGCACCCAUUUGGAUAUCCCUUUCUAGCAGGACGGGACAAUGUGAUCGCCUGUGCUAAGCAUUUCGUUGGAGAUGGGGGCACUCAUGAAGGUAUCAAUGAGGGGAAUACCAUAUCAUCAUAUGAGGAGUUGGAGAGUAUUCAUUUGGCUCCUUAUCUUGACUGUAUUUCCCAGGGAGUUUGCACUAUUAUGGCAUCCUACACCAGCUGGAAUGGGAUCCAAAUGCACAGAAAUAAAUUUCUCCUUACAGAUGUGUUGAAGGAUAAACUGGGGUUCAAGGGCUUCAUCAUAACUGAUUGUGCAGCACUCGACAGACUCUCUAAUCCUUUUGGAUCAAAUUAUCGGCAGUGUGUUCUAGCAGCCAUUAGUGCUGGAAUUGAUAUGGUGAUGGUACCAAUGCGUUAUGAACUAUAUCUCAAUGAUCUAAGUAUGCUGGUUGAAUCUGGGGAGAUACCAAUGUCAAGAAUUGAUGAUGCCGUUGAACGGAUUCUUAGGGUGAAGUUUGUAGCUGGACUUUUUGAGUACCCACUGAGCAAUAGGUUACUGUUGGAUAAAGUUGGUUGUAAACUGCACCGAGAACUUGCACGUGAAGCAGUUCGCAAGUCUUUGGUUCUUCUAAAGAAUGGGAAGGAUACUGUAAAACCGUUCCUUCCGUUGGACAAGAACGCCAAAUGCAUUCUUGUUGCCGGACAACAUGCAGAUGAUCUUGGGUUCCAGUGUGGAGGGUGGACUAAAACUUGGGAUGGGCGAAGUGGCAGAAUUACUAUUGUGAAGAAGAAUUCAUGAGAUCGUUUAUUCUAGGCACAACCAUUCUGGAUGCCAUAAAAGCGGCUGUCGGAGAGGAAACAGAAUUGGUAUAUGAGCAAAACCCAUCUCCAGCCACCUUUUCAAACCGAAGCUUCUCUUUUUCCAUAGUAGUCGUCGGGGAGCCUCCCUAUUGUGAAUCUGGCGGUGACAGCAAAGACCUAAUCAUUCCAUCAAAUGGUUCAGAAUUGAUAAGCUUUGUGGCUGAGAGAGUUCCCACGUUGGCUAUUCUCAUCUCCGGGAGGCCAAUGUAUGUAGAGACUAGGGUUUGGGAGAGAGUAGAAGGGUUUAUAGCUGCUUGGCUGCCCGGCAGUGAAGGCGCAGGAGUGACAGAUCUCAUCUUUGGGGAUCACGAGUUCAAAGGACGUUUACCGAUGAGUUGGUUUAGAAGCGUUGAUCAACUGCCUAUGAAUCCCACCAACACAUCUUAUGAUCCUUUGUUCCCGAUUGGGUUCGGGUUGACUACUAAGAAUCAUUUGGUGCUGUAGAAGUGCAGGGUGUGGAAAACAUCUAUCUCUGUUUGGGGGGUCUGGAUAAGCUUCCUAAUGUAUGAAGUUAUGAAUUUAUGAACCUCUUUAAUGUAUACUGCUAUAGCUUUCAUGGAGUAAGGUCCUGUUCAGUUGACCUUAUUUGAGACUCAAGUGACAUGUUAUUCCAUUCUAUGUAACAUUUACCCAUUUGGUAGCAUUUUGUGAUGCUUUGUUCCCUUUUUAAUUAAAUUACAAGAAACAUUCAAUUCA